CGCCCGGUCCGGGCGAGCGGCCGCCCCGCCGAGCCCGACUCGCUCGCCCGGGCCCGGCCUCGGCUUCUCCGCGCAGGCCGCGGAGGCUCGGGGCGCGGCCACAGGGGCGCGGCCUUCGCUGCGGUCGGGCCAGUUCCCGUUCCCGGCCGGUGCCGCGGCUGCUCCCUCCCUGGCCCUGGUGAAGCUGCGGGCGCCGCGCGCUCCCGGCCCGGCACUCCCCAGUCUCGGUGUUCCCGCCCGCGCCCUCCCGGCGCAUCAGGCUCUCGCUCCCUGCUGCUGCGACGUCUGCACACCUGGCGACCACAUUCCAGAAAGAAAUUAGAAAUUGAAGAUUUAAGGAGAGAAUGUUGUUUUAAAAUAUUCUCACUUUCUUCAAAGAACACAUGACAGAAACUUAAAAAGGGUUUGCACUGAGAGGCUGGCCUUGGAUCCUGAUUGCCCUUCUGCCAGGAAGGCACAUGCAGCCAAAAAUGAAUUUGGGAAAAGCAGCCGCUUGCUCCUUUAACCAUGGAAAAGCAGGGCCGCAGUGAGAUGGAAAUAAUCCCGUCAGAGUCUCACUCCUACAUCAAAUUGUUGAAAGUCAACCGGGAGCAUCUGGUCACUCACGUCCGCAACACUCAGUGUCUGCUGGACAACUUGUUGCAGAAUGACUACUUCUCCGCCGAAGACGUGGAGAUCGUGUGUGCCUGCCCCACGCAGCCCGACAAGGUCCGCAAAAUUCUGGACCUGGUGCAGAGCAAGGGCGAGGAGGUGUCCGAGUUCUUCCUCUAUGUGCUACAGCGACUCGCAGAUGCUUACGUGGACCUCAGGCCUUGGCUGUCGGAGAUCAGCUUCUCCCCUUCCCAGCUCAUUCAGAGCAAAGCUGUUGUCAACACCGAUCCAGUGAGCAGAUACAGCCAGAAGCUGCGACAGCAACUGGGCCGUGACUCCAAGUUCAUCCUGUGCUACGCCCAGAAGGAGGAGCUGCUGCUGGAGGAGAUGUACACGGACACCAUCGUGGAGCUGGUCGACUUCGGCAACGAGAGCCUGGGCAGCCUGGGCAGCCUGGCCUGCCUCCUGGACCCCUCCACGGGCGUCCUCAACGAGCACGGCGAGACCAUCUUCGUCUUCGGUGACGCAGGCGUGGGCAAGUCCAUGCUGCUGCAGCGGCUGCAGAGCCUCUGGGCCGCGGGCCAGCUGGACGCUGAGCUCAGGUUCUUCUUCCACUUCCGCUGCCGCACCUUCAGCUGCUUCAAGGAGAGCGCCUCGCUGUGCCUGCGGGACCUGCUCUUCAAGCACUACUGCUACCCGGAGCAGGACCCCGAGGAGGUGUUCGCCUUCUUGCUGCGCUUCCCGCACACGGCCCUCUUCACCUUCGACGGCCUGGACGAGCUCCACUCGGACUUCGACCUGAGCCGCGAGCCCGACACCUCCUCCCCCUGGGAGCCCGCCCACCCCCUGGUCCUGCUGGCCAACCUGCUCAGCGGGAAGCUGCUCAAGGGGGCGCGCAAGCUGCUCACGGCCCGCACGGGCGUCGAGAUCCCGCGGCAUCUCCUCUGGAAGAAGGUGCUCCUGCGCGGCUUCUCCCCCAGCCACGUGCGCGCCUACGCUGGGAAGAUGUUCCCCGAGCGCGCCGUGCGCCAGCGCCUGCUGGAUCAGCUGGAAGCCAACGCCAACCUCUUCAGCCUGUGCACCGUGCCCCUCUUCUGCUGGAUCAUCUUCCGGUGCUUCCAGCACUUCUACGACGCCUUCGACGGCUCCCCGCAGCUGCCCGACCGCACGGUGACGCUGACCAACGUCUUCCUGCUGGUCACCGAGGUUCACCUGAACAGGACGCAGCCCACCAGCCUGGUGCAGCGGAACACGCGGAGCCAGACGGAGACCUUCCGCGCCGGCCGGGACACCCUGCGCUCGCUGGGCCAGGUGGCUCACUGGGGCAUGGAGAAGAGCUUCUUCGUCUUCAGCCAGGAGGAGGUGCAGGCGUCCGAGGUGCAGGAGGGGGACCUAAAGCUGGGUUUCUUGCGGGCCGUGCCGGAGCUGGGCCUCGGAGGGGACCAGCAGUCCUAUGAGUUUUUCCACCUCACCCUCCAGGCCUUCUUUGCUGCCUUUUUUCUGGUGGUGGAUGACAAGGUGGGCACUCGGGAGCUGCUCCGGUCCUUCCAGGAGUGGGCUCCUCACGGGGAGGCAGCAGCUGCGUCCUGCUAUCCCCGCUUCCUACCCAGCCAGUGCCUGGGGGGCCGCGGCCUGGCCGGGGAAGACCCCUUUAAGAACAAGGAUCACUUUCAUUUCACCAACCUCUUCCUGUGCGGGCUGUUGUCCAAAGGCAAACAGAAACUCCUGCGGCACCUGGUGCCUGCCGCCGCCCUGCGGAGAAAGCGCAGGGCCCUGUGGGCUUGCCUGUUCGCCAGCCUGCGCUCCCACCUGAAGAACCUGCCCCGAGUUCAGUCUGGGAGCUUCAGCCAGGUGCAGGCCAUGCCCACCUUCCUCUGGAUGCUGCGCUGCAUCUACGAGACGCAGAGCGAGAAGGUGGCGCAGCUGGCGGCCAGGGGCAUCUGCGCCAACUACCUCAAGCUGACCUUUUGCAACGCCUGUUCGGCCGACUGCAGCGCCCUCUCCUUCGUCCUGCACCACUUCCCCAAGCGGCUUGCGCUCGACCUGGACAACAACAAUCUCAACGACUAUGGUGUGCGGGAACUGCGGCCCUGCUUCAGCCGCCUCACCGUCAUCAGACUCAGUGUGAACCAGAUCACCGACAGUGGGGUGAAGGUGCUAUGUGAAGAGCUGCCCAAAUACAAAAUUCUGACAUUUUUAGGCUUAUACAACAACCAAAUCACCGAUGUCGGAGCCAGGUACGUCGCCAGAAUCCUGGAUGAGUGCACAGGCCUCACACACCUGAAACUGGGAAAAAACAAAAUAACAAGUGAAGGAGGAAAGUGUCUCGCCCUGGCUGUGAAGAACAGCAAAUCCAUCUUUGAAGUUGGGAUGUGGGGCAAUCAAAUCGGUGAUGAAGGAGCAACGGCCUUUGCAGAGGCUCUGAGGAACCACCCCAGCUUGACUAACUUGAGUCUCGCAUUCAAUGGCAUUUCUACAGAAGGAGGAAAGAGCCUCGCGUGCGCCCUGCAGCAGAAUGCGUCUCUGAGAAUAUUCUGGCUCACCAAAAAUGAACUUGAUGAUGAAGUGGCAGAGAGCUUGGCAGAGAUGUUGAAAGUCAACCAGACGUUGAAACAUUUAUGGCUUAUCCAGAACCAGAUUACAGCCAAGGGGAUUGCCCAGUUGGCAGAUGCAUUACAGAAGAACACUGGCAUAAUGGAGAUUUGCUUAAAUGGAAACUUGAUAAAGCCAGAGGAGGCCAAAGUCUUUGAAGGCGAGAAGCGGAUUGUCUGUUUCUGAGGGGAUGUUUUCCUGUGGGUGGGUCUUGGCCCUGGGGGUGACUCUGUCCAGUUGCCUGUCUCGGAUGUCUGAAACAUCCAGUGUCUGCCGAGGUGGAACUUCCAGGAUUCCUGCCUUCGUGGUGCAAAAUGAGCUCUGUGCAGGCACUCUGAUUGGCAGAGUCCCUGAGUAGCUGUUACAAUUCUGCAGGAAAAGUAUGAGCCGUUUUAGUGACUGUAAACAUACUCUGAAGAGAUGUUAAUGCAUAGCCAUGAUUAUUUUAAUCUGAAAUUAGAGGAAUGAGACUUUGAGCUCAUAGAAACACCUGCCCAAAGACCAGGGAGAGUAAGUCGGUCACUGCCGCAUUCAAUGAAGAGUUGGGGACAUGGUGCAAAGUUGGUGCCAUGUUUCUUGGGGAAAAGGCGCUCAGUGAACAAAAGUGUUUUACCUGCAACGUUCUCUUCCUCCUCAGUACUUCCCCAUGUGUUGAUAUUAUUCCCACUUCACAGCUGUCGAUACUGAGGGGGGUACAGUGUGGGGAUUUGACUCAUCCAAGGUUCUGUAGGGACUUAGUGCCAAAGGAAGGACCCGCCAUGGGCUUACGUCUUAGUCCUGGAGUCUCACCGUCUGCUGACAAAGAUCACAGGAUGCCCUCCUCUUAGCCAAUCUGAGGGACAGGACGAUGCCUUCGUAAUGCUGAGGCUCCACGCAGGGCUUUCGUGGGCCGGGGCUGACCUUCGGAAGACUGAUGCUGUGGGCAGAGGUGCUCUGUCCCAGGAAGAAGAACCAGCGCUGUCCUCCAAAAGGAAUAAGGCCUGGCUUGCCCAUGUGGCCCUGGCAUCCAAACAGGAGCUUCUCUCUCUCUCUUGCCCUUUUGAGGAAGGGAAGUCUCUUCCUGCCCCCGAGCAGUCGUGCGAGUGACUGAGUUGGAGGCAAGGCAAGCCGCUGAGAACCCAGCGAGCACGUCAGACCCCUGCCACCGUGGCGGGCACCUGGUGGACGCUAAAUGGGGGAAAGGGGGAGGUAUCACGAGAGAACUUGUUCUUUUGCCAAUUCAUUUGUUAGUAAAAUACUGAAAACACUCCUUUUUUCUAACUGCCUGAGUCUGGGAUUUUAAAAGGGGACUUGGCCUGGCAAGCACACUGUGACCCCUUCAGAGGCACUUACUGCAUGGGGUGGGGCCCUGGGGUGACGUGCUGUGAGGAGAGCCUGACCAGGGAAGGCAAGAGGCAUCCUCAGUGUGAUCCUUCGCAGGCCUCUCCACCCACCAAGGGACCGAAAAAAGCACAGGAAGCAUCUGAGGCCUCUCCAUUUGACCACCCGAUCCACACAGGUGGCUUCUCAGAGGGAAUAACUUGAGUCCCCAAUGGCUGGGGCCAGGGUAUGCUGGCACGGGCAAACCUCACAUCCCUCAGCACCGUGCCAUGAUGGGCCCUGGCAGGCCGGGUUUGACGUCCACUACCUUCCUUGGUUGUUCACUGCCGAGGGGAGGACAGAGGUGGGCCUGGACCCACUGUGGCAAGAGGCACCGAGCUGACAGGGGCCAAGCAUGAGAGGGGCAGGGGUGAGGGGGCCCUCCAACAGUACCUUGGAGUUCUCAGAAGUCCAGCCUGACUUUAUACAGCAGCCCCUGUUAGGAAGGGUACAAUUCAGGAAGUUGGUCCUGAAAGUUAGGGGCAAAAUCCUGUACAGUCACUCAGCCACAUGGGGGCCAUUCCCCUAAGGCACUGCUUUGGCGGUUUCUACCCACUCUGCCCGCAACCCCAGAUUUGGGUAUUUGCCUAAUAGCCCCUGAGGCAGCAACUCUACCAGAGAUUCUGGGCAGCAGAUGUGCCCAGAAAGCACAAAGGAAUGAGCACUGGUCAAGGGUGCUUCAAACAGACUUCAGGCUUGCCGAGUGAGAGAACCACACUUCUCAGCUGACAAAUUCCUACUUGAUUAAACUGCUAAAACUAAACUUUUGAGAGUCUAAAAUGUAUCAAGAAACUACCAAAUAUGACAGCUUUUAGAGACUAUCAAAAUUAAAACUGCUGCCUCUAAGGGAAAUCGAAUUUGUGUGUUGUUGGCUUAAAUUCUAACUUGGAAAUACUUUAGUCUUUUAGAUGGUGAAUGAUAGAUUUUCUAUUUUUCUUAUAAAAGUAAAAUCUGGCUCCUAAUUCACUAAAGUUCUCCAUUACCCACAGGUGAGCUUCUGUGCAGAGAAGUGGAGACUUUUCCUAAUUAAGAAAAAGAUAACAGAAAAUUUGGGGAAAAAAGGAAUUCCACAAACUUAGGAUAUGACUGUUUCUUUCCACAGGAACUGUGAGUUGAUUUAGGGAGAGAAACUAUAGCUCCUGUAUUUCAGAACUACGUUUAUGGCUUGUCCUUGCUGACUUGGAUCUUAUAAAAUAAGCCAUGUCAAAUCACUGUGGGGCUUUGGGCCACAUCUUAAGACUGUCAGAAUCUCAAUUUCCUCCUUGAAAAAUGGGAAUCCCAGAGUACUGACUCCCAGGGUUGUUGUGAGGAUUAAAUGAGUUGAAGCAUGGAAAGCAGUUAGCACAAUGCCCAGUGCAGGGUCAGUGCUCAAUAUACAAUAUUAUAAAACCAACGUUUCUCAUUUCUGCUCACAAUGGCACCCCCAGGUGUCCUCUUUACACUCUUAGGCUUAGGGAAGUUCCCAACAAGGUCAAAUAUGGGACUGGAAGUUCUCAAAGUCAAGUCUAAAAAUAUUCAACACCGAGCUUCCUGCAAUAUCCUGGCUCCAUCAGUGAAAAGCAUAGCUGUUAGUUGUCAUCAUUCUUACCAAAGAGCCCUACCAUUUAAGUGUCACUCACUGAACAGAGGGAGGCACAUCCAGGUCUUCACUGCACAGUAAGAGCAGAGUGGGAGCCGGCACCACUGCACAAAGCCAGGCCCUCCAGCCUUUGCCAGGUGUCCCUUUCAGCUGCCCAACUGGGAAGGAGCAUUUGGCUCAUCGGUGUUUUCGUCCACUUCCAGGUGUUACACACAUCUAUUUCCAGGAACUAAUUGCUCACUUAUAGGAAAAAAAAAAUCCUUGCUCUGGAGCUGAAAAGCAGAACCAUGACCAUUAUCCCAGGUCCAUAGAGAGGAAUUUUAAUGAAAGUGGAAUUAGCUGGUAAGGAGGACAAAGCUCAUGUGACCACACAGAUGGGCUGGCAGCAGAGCUGCAGGGCCCAGGGGUCAUCCCAGCGUGAUUCUCACUUAAAACUGAAUUAACUGCACCCAAGACCAGCUUAAAACUUUUAGAAGCACUAAGCACUGAAAAGAUUACAGGCCCCCGAUGAUCUGUAAUAAAAAAAAAAAAAAAAAAGAAGAUUUUAAA